AGCCAGGCCGGUGCUCCAGAAGGAAGCAAGAUGUUGAGAGCCACAGCGCCCUGCUGGUUCCCACCUGGACAUCCAGAAGGUCAGAAGGUGACCCAGGAGUCGGCCGCCAGUGCCCCUGGGCUCCUCCUGCCUUCUCAUCAGCUGGCCCAGAACUUCGGGCUCUGGGUGCCCCAGAUGUACCACCAGGCCUCAGCAUUUGCAGUGCUCCAGACGGAGCCCCAGGGUCCAGCGAUGUUCCCGGCAUGGCCCCAGAUGUCAAAGGAGGCUUGCUACUUGCCUGAGCAGAGGGGAUCGGCCGGCUGUUUGCUGGCUGCCCCGAGGCUGACAGAGAGGCUCUCCUCAGUCCGCGUCUCAGCCCCCAGGGAGAGGAAGAGGAUGACCCACUUUCCCAGCCCUUGCUUGGCCACAGGUCCCACAGACGCCAAGAGGACCCCGGCGGCCCCCAGCCGCAGCCAACGUCCCAAAGGCUCCAAGGUCGGCAGAAAGUCACCGAAGACGCACAACGGAACAGGGAUGGCAUCCAAGACCAGCACCACUGUCACCCCUAAGCGAAUCGUCCAUCUUCCGUCCUUACAGAGUUCAAAGAAACCCAUUAUCCUCCAACAGUCUGGGUGCCAAGUCCCCACCGUCAUCCGCCGGGGCUUUCGCCAACUGUUCACCAAAGAGUGUCUCGAGUUCUGCGCCUCCAAGCAGGAGGCCGAGGAGAAGGCUCUGAACGAGGAGAAGGUGGCCUACGACUGCAGCCAAAGCCUGGACAUCUACCUGAAUUUGGCCUUGGACACGCUCAAGAGGCUGAGGGGCCUAACGCCCAGCUCCAUGCCCGGCCUCAGCAGGACCGCCCUGUACAGCCGCCUGGAGGAGUUUCUGCUCACCCAGGACCAGCUCAAGGAGAACGGCUACCCCUUCCCGCACCCCUCGCGGCCCGGAGGCGCGGUCCUCUUCACUGGCCAGGGGAAGGAACCCGGCGACAGCGACUCCUCCUGCAGGGUCUGCUGCCGUUGUGGCACCGAGUACCUGGUGUCCCCCUCCGGCCGCUGUGUACGCGACCAGGUGUGUUCUUACCACUGGGGGCGGCUCCGCUGGAGCCAAGUGGCCGGAGGCUGGGGUCCCCAGUACACCUGCUGCGCAGCGGCCCCGGGCUCGGUGGGCUGCCAGGUGGCCAAGCAGCACGUGCGGGACGGUCGCAAGGAGAGCCUCCACGGCUUCGUGAAGACCUUCCAGAAAGAGCUUUCCAGAGACGCUUAUCCAGGCAUCUACGCCCUGGACUGUGAGAUGUGCUACACCACGCACGGCCUCGAGCUGACCCGCGUCACCGUGGCAGAUGCCGACACGCGAGUGGUAUACGACACCUUCGUCAAGCCCAAGCACGAGAUCGUGGACUACAACACCAGGUUCUCAGGGGUGACCGCGGCCGACGUGGCCAAGACCAGAAUCACGUUGCCGCAAGUCCAGGCCGUCCUGCUGAGCUUGUUCAGCGCCCAAACCAUCCUCAUCGGGCACAGCCUGGAGAGCGACCUGCUGGCCUUGAAGCUGAUCCAUAGCACCGUGGUGGACACCGCCGUGCUCUUUCCGCACUACCUGGGCUUCCCCUACAAGCGCUCCCUGCGGAAGCUCACUGCCGACUACCUGGGACGGGUCAUCCAGGACGGCCAGGACGGGCACAGCUCCAGCGAGGACGCCAACGCCUGCCUGCAGCUGGUGAUGUGGAAGGUCCGAGAGCGCGCCCAGACCCAGCCGUGCCACGCAGCCGCCUCUGCCGCCGUCCCGGCCUGUCCUUAGCCCCAGGCCUCUCCAAACCUGUGUGGUCAAUCCCGAGCUCUAACCCUGCCCACCUCGCGGCAAACGGAGGGAAACUGGAGGAGA